CCUCACUCCCAGCCGCCGGCGCCAAUGCCCCUAGCGGCUAGCCGCUAGCUCAACACGGCAACAGCGUUGUACGCGUGCGCCCCUCCCCAGCAGGCGGCAGCGGCACUGCGGCAGCACGUCCCUCCUCUCCGGUCGCCCUCUCCACCGUCCUGUCCCCUCCUUUCCCCUCUCUUCCGGCGGUGCAGAGGCGCGGCGGGACAGCGCCCGCGGCGGCGCGGCGGCGGCGCAGCGUCGCAGAGGCGUGGCGGCGGCGCACCGGCACAGCACACAAGCUGAGAGCGUCUCUGAGACGCACGUCGAGAGAAACUCUGAGAGGGGUCGGGGCGGGGGAUGAUUUCCACCCGUAUGUCCACUCGGGGCCGGGGGCGGGUGGAGAGUUUGGGGGUCGGGGGCGGGGCCGUUCCAGCCCAACCCGUCCCUAACCCGCCCCGUUGCCAUCCCUACUGUCGCCACCGUCGGCUUCAUUGUCUUGCUCAUCGGAUUGGAAGAAUAAGUGAAGUAGGGACUUGGUUACUUUUUGGUGUCCUUUUGGAGUCCUUAUUUUCAGGAUCACUGUGUAACUUAUUUUGGAGAGGUUUUUCUGUAAAUCGUGUUGUACGUCUAUCUGCCUGUUCUAUCGUAGCCUACCAAAUCUAACUUUCUUUGAGAGGUAUGGUGUUCACUCAUGUGCGUUGUACAUAACCUCCUAUAUAUAUUUAAGAGUAAAAUGCAUCAGCGGUACACGAACUUGUCAGGUGGGUGCAAUCUAAUACAUGAACUUGUAAAAUGCUUGUUUUGGUGCAUGAACUUAUUUGGUACGUGCAAGCUAAGGCUAAAAUGGCAUGACUAGACUGAAUUUUCUAUGUUGAACAUUAUAAAUUAUAAAUUAAUAGAUGACGUGCGUGCACAUAGUAGAAAAAGUUAUAUUUGCAAACUUAGUUUUCACUUUAUCUUUCUUUGUGUCUAUCCUUGCAUUACUACUUGUAUUAUUUUUGUUAUGCGAUCAUUACGCCUUAUUAUAUUAUGUUUAUCUUUCUUAGACACAUGUUUACAUAGAGUUUAAAUCAACAACAAAAUUAGUAAGAUUAACCUUGCCGUGCGAUUUUGACCUUGUUCACACGCACCAAACAAGUUCAUGCAUCAAAACGAGCGUUUUACAAGUUUAUGUACUAGAUUGCACCCACCUGACAAGUUCGUGUACCAUUGAUGCAAUUUACUCUAUAUUUAAUAAAUGCAUAAAGUUUUUUUUUAAAAAAAAAACAGGCCUUAGAAGCUCGAGGAAGAUGAAGAGGAGUGAUGGCAGAAGGGAACCUGCAUGUUUAAAGGCCCAUUUAGAGGCCAAUCUAAUCAUUUGGCCCACUAACUCAUUUGGUGGGCUGCUGCGUACAGGACACGGGAGUGGGGACGGCUGGCUGCGGGUGUGAGCGUGCGAUUGCGGCGGGCGACGGGCGGUACGGCGGCGACGGAGAGUGCGCGAGCUGCGAUCCCGCGACUGGCGAGGGGCCGGCCGCCGAUCUGCUUCGCUAGCCGGCGAGGAGCCCAGAGCCGCGGGAGGCCGAUCUGCUUGGCUAGUUCGCUUCCCGCCUCCUGCUCGCCUGCUGGCUACGCCCUACAGUGAGGGUGGCUCGGCGGCGGAGGGCUGCCGCGUAGUGGCUGAAUGUGGCGCACGGCGGUUGAGGUCAAGCACAGCGGCUAACAACGACGCAGGACGGCUGACAGGGGGCGCUAGUGGCAAGUUUUUUUAACGCUGAAUAUCCAACAGCAAAAUCCUGCGUGAUAUCUUAUCUCGUCAGCCCUGACAGAGAUGGGGCCGGAUGUCUCCAUGGCCGUGUGUUGCGCCUUUCCAGUACUUGUGUCUUUGCUUCUUGUCCGCUUCGCAUAUGUGAUGUAUCACAGCGGUCACAUGCCUUCGAAACUCUCAGCUUCAGCUGCUGGAAUGCGGUCUCUCAUCGUCCUUGGGUCUGGAGGACAUACUGCAGAAAUGAUGAAUGUUGUAACUACACUUCAGAAGGAUAGAUUUACUCCAAGGUACUAUGUAGCUGCACUUACUGACAACAUGAGCCUUCAGAAGGCACAGGUCUAUGAGCAGUCAUUGGUUCGGGUUGAGGUUGAUAAAGAAGAGGGUGUUGAGAAUGCACAGUUCGUACAGAUAUAUCGCAGUCGUGAAGUAGGCCAAUCUUAUAUUACUUCCAUCGCAACGACAUUGCUUGCUACGUCACAUGCUAUCUGGAUAAUAAUAAGAAUAAGACCACAAGUGAUUUUUUGCAAUGGUCCAGGGACAUGCAUUCCUCUGUGUGUCUCGGCUUUUCUUCUGAAGGUGCUUGGUUUGGGAUGGUCCUCCAUUUUCUACAUCGAAAGCAUUGCAAGAGUGAAGAAGCUUUCAUUAAGCGGUUUACUGUUGUACAAGCUACGAAUAGCUGAUCAGUUCUUCGUGCAGUGGCCCCAGCUGCAGCAAAAAUACCCUCGAGCAUGCUAUGCCGGCCGUUUAAUGUAAAGAUUCACGCAUAGAUGAUAAUAUUGCUUUACAGCAAAAUGCUAAUGGUUUUAUAUUGCAGAUGUUCUUCUGAUUAGAUGUGACGUUUGUCAAAUAUUUUUCUUCCUUUUCAACAGACUGGACUGGUCAUUAUCUAAAAAAAAACAGACUGGACUGGAGUGAUAGAUAGAUGCCAUGAACCGAGGAGAUAUUGCAUCUGUAUAGAAGUAAUUUUGUGUAACUAUACUAUGUAACUAUACUCAUUUUGUACCUCCAGUUCCUUCUAUUACUGGUGAAACUAAUGAAUAUAUCUUCGUGCAUUAUGGCCAGGAAAA